AUGCCUGCUAUACCUAAAACCGGACCGUCGCUCUUCCUGGGGAUCGAGCUGGGUGUAGACCAGCUGCGGGCGUCCAUCGUAGACGAAAGCCUUGAGCUUGUGGGUGUGGAGUGCGUCGACUUUGAUACUGACCUGCCGGAGUACCAAACACAAGGAGGCAUUUUCACGACGCCCGGGGAGGCCUACACGACGCCAGUGGAGAUGUGGCUCAAGGGACUCGAUACCCUCCUCGAAAAGCUUCACAGAAAUUACGACCUCACGAAAAUAAAGGCGAUUGGAGGCACUGCCCAGCAUGCUCUUGUCUGGUGGAAAUCGACGACGGUCCCCUCGCUGUCCUCUCUGGAUCCACAUGUUCCACUUCAUCAACAUUUCCCCUCCCAUACCUUUUCUCUUCCCAAUACCCCCGUCGCGCAAGAUACCUCAUCCCAAACCCAUGCUCUCGCCAUUGAGUCAUUUCUCGGAGGCCCCGAUCGCAUGGCUGCCCGGGUAGGGAUCUGCGCCAACCCUUCCAUGAUAUCCGCUCAGCUUCUCCGCGUGCGUGAAACUUGGUCGACUGAAGUCUGGGCCCGGACAGGACGCAUUCAGCUCGCAAGUGCCUUCUUAGCCAGUGUUUUUACUGGAAAAUGGACAAGCAUGGGCGAGCCGGAAGCUUGCGCGAGUGGUGCCUGGGUACACGGUGCCAAUACUGUCGCUGGAAACGGACAAGGCUACUGGGACGAGAGCGUGCUUGAUGUGGUGGGAGGGAGUCGGGAAGAUGGUAGACGAGUCAGAGGGUGGCUGGGUGACGUGGACGUCUCUGGGGGUUCAAGGAAAAUAGGAAAUGUCUCGAGAUACCUUGUAGAGCGCUAUGGUUUCGAUCCAGAUUGCAUGGUGGCGCCUUUCACGACCGACUUCCUGGCCUCUUAUCUCUCCCUACUCCCGUCCGCCGGCGAUGCGGUUCUUUCUUUCGGUCCUAUGGAUACAUUACUCGCACCCGCACAGCAUUAUAUUCCUACCCGAUUUUAUAAUCUACUUCCACAUCCUGCCCAAGAUUUAAAUGAAAAGCGGAAAUAUAUCGCCGUGCUUUCCAGCAGGAAUGCUGAUGUGCCCCGGGCGCUGGUGCGCGACAUGUAUACCAAGAGUUGGAGUGCUUUCGACCGCCUGGUCGCGAUUGUGCCUCCAGGUGGCUCUAUUGGGCUCGAUGAUAAACUGUUCAGUUUCUGGCACUUACAACCAGAUUCAUACCCUUUUACACGCGUCAAGGGCAUUUACCGUUUCGAGACUGGGAUCAAAGUGAACGAAUUCCGAGAUCUGCGUGCCAACCCUCGCUGUCUCCUGGAGAGCCAGCUUCUGUCCUUCCGUAUUAAGUGGGCAAAAGUGGUCUCGACAGGUGUCCUCGGGUCAAGAAAAGGUGGCGUGAGUCCAACUCCACCCCCUCUAUCAGGACGGACAAGCAACUCUCUGUCGAGUUUGGGUCUCUCGUUUGAUCCAUACGACCCCACAACGCUACCGACGAGGAUUCUAACCACCGGUGCCGCUGCCAACUUCCCGAGUGUUGCGAAUCUCGUCGGCGACAUCUUCAACGCGCCCAUCUUCGCCACCUUCACACAGGUAGAUUCUGCUCAAGUUAUCCCACACCGGAAUGCUCCUGCACCGGGAUUCCCUAGCCGGCCGGCCCUUGGGAGCGCGUACGUUGCACGCUGGAUAUGGGGCCGCGAGUGGGGUGUUGGGAGUCUGGGGGUAUUCGAGGACGAGAUGAAGCGUUUGCUGGGCAAGCGGUGGAUUGCAACGGGUGGCAUGCUUCUGAAGAGCAAUAUUAACGGUACAGCGAGCACGAUGCCUGGGAUGGCACCGAGCAGCGGGGCGAACAGCGGCACAAGCACGCCGUUUGGGCACCCGAACUCGCGCUCGGGACUAGGUAGCACGGUGUUUGUGGAGGAGGAUGAGGACGAGGAGAUCGAGGCGGAGAGGAAUGGGAGGACCCCGGUGGUGCGGUUGAACUCGGCGGGUGUCAUUGGAGGUGGGGUUUACGGUAGUGGGGCCUUUGGCGACAGGCUGCGGACGCAGACUGGGGAUACGAUGCUCUCCAGUACGAGCACUGGCUCGGGAGGCCUCGCACCGUCGACCGCGUACACGACACCUGACCUCGGUUCUGGCAAUCUGGGUGUGAUGAACGCCGGCCUGUCAGCGCCGUCGUCUGGGAACGCGAGUGCCAAUGGAAGUGCCGGUGCUGCGACGCCGACGACGCCGACACCCCUCGCCCCAGUCGUGGCUCUGGUAACGUCUGACACGGAGGCGCAGGUUGGCCUGGCGAAGAUCGCUGAGCCUGAUGUGGAUGCGUUCAUGACCUACGCGGCCAUCGUCCCCGAAUUCAGCCGGUUGGAGACGAUGAUCGCCAAAGGCAUCGUCUAA